CCGCCCGGUGAUAUUGACAAUAGGAGAGAGAAAGGGGCACUGACGGGGACCCUGCGCGGGUAGCGAACGGCGGCUCUGGCAGCGGCGGCUCCGGCGGCUCCAGCUUCCUCCUUCCGACUCCCGCGCUCGCUGCCGCUGCAGAUCCAGGCUUCCUCCCUCCUCCCCCUCCCCGCGUCGCCGCCGCCGCCGGGUCCGGUGCAACGAGCAGAGGCGCCGCCCGCCGGGAAUGUGAACGAAGAGCCGCCGGCCGAGCCGCAACCGGGUCGGUGCCGAUUUGAUGGGACGGGCCCGCGGGGGAGGCUCGUGAGGCCGCCGCUGCCACUGCCGGAGCGCUGAGGUUUGGGGCCAGUCGAGAGGCCUAGAAGCACCGCCGCCACCGCGGAACCGGAGGGACGUCGCCCCGGACUGCCGUAGCCCGGGGCUCUCCGCCGCUGCCCGGACCUCCCCCUGUGCGUCCCGGGCCCCCGCCCGCCCCCGCCGCGGCCCCUAGCCUGCCGCCCUCCCGGUGCAGCCACAGAUCAUCUUCGAUUCUUCCCCAGGAGCUUCAAGUAGGGAUAUGUCCUCAGCACCAACUACUCCUCCAUCAGUGGAUAAAGUAGACGGAUUUUCUCGGAAGUCCGUCAGAAAAGCCAGACAGAAGAGGUCGCAGAGCUCCUCACAGUUUAGAUCUCAAGGCAAGCCCAUUGAGCUCACACCUCUGCCGCUGCUGAAAGACGUUCCAACCUCAGAGCAGCCUGAACUGUUCCUAAAGAAACUUCAGCAGUGCUGUGUCAUUUUUGACUUCAUGGACACGCUAUCUGAUCUAAAAAUGAAAGAAUACAAGCGCUCCACUCUUAAUGAACUGGUGGACUACAUUACAAUAAGCAGAGGCUGUCUGACAGAGCAGACUUACCCUGAAGUAGUUAGAAUGGUAUCUUGCAAUAUAUUCAGAACUCUCCCUCCUAGUGACAGCAAUGAAUUCGACCCAGAAGAAGAUGAACCUACCCUCGAGGCAUCGUGGCCCCACUUACAGCUUGUAUAUGAAUUUUUCAUACGAUUUUUGGAAAGCCAAGAAUUUCAACCCAGCAUUGCCAAAAAAUACAUAGAUCAGAAAUUUGUAUUACAGCUUUUGGAGCUAUUUGACAGUGAAGACCCCCGAGAACGGGACUAUUUAAAAACAGUCUUGCACAGGAUUUAUGGCAAGUUUCUCGGGCUUAGAGCAUUUAUCCGAAAACAAAUUAACAAUAUUUUUCUAAGGUUUGUUUAUGAAACAGAACACUUCAACGGUGUAGCUGAACUGCUGGAAAUAUUAGGAAGUAUUAUCAAUGGCUUCGCUUUACCACUUAAGGCCGAGCACAAACAGUUCCUGGUCAAAGUGUUGAUCCCUCUACACACUGUCAGGAGUUUAUCUCUCUUCCAUGCCCAGCUGGCGUAUUGUAUAGUACAGUUUCUGGAGAAAGAUCCUUCACUUACAGAACCAGUUAUUAGGGGUUUAAUGAAAUUUUGGCCUAAAACAUGCAGUCAAAAAGAGGUCAUGUUCCUUGGGGAGCUGGAAGAAAUCUUGGAUGUGAUUGAACCAUCACAGUUUGUUAAAAUCCAAGAACCUUUGUUUAAACAAAUUGCCAAGUGUGUUUCUAGCCCCCAUUUUCAGGUGGCAGAAAGGGCACUCUAUUAUUGGAAUAAUGAAUACAUCAUGAGUUUGAUAGAAGAAAACUCCAACGUCAUCCUUCCCAUCAUGUUCUCCAGUCUGUAUAGGAUUUCAAAAGAGCAUUGGAAUCCGGCUAUUGUGGCGCUGGUGUACAACGUGUUGAAGGCCUUCAUGGAAAUGAACAGCACUAUGUUUGAUGAGCUGACAGCCACAUACAAGUCAGAUCGUCAGCGUGAGAAAAAGAAAGAAAAGGAGCGUGAAGAAUUGUGGAAAAAAUUGGAGGAUCUGGAGUUAAAGAGAGGUCUUAGGCGCGAUGGGAUAAUUCCAACUUAACAGCAAUCUGACUGCGACAUCACUAACCCAUGGGGUCACACGCUUAUGUAGUAGAAGGAUGGAGCAACAGUUUUCUGUAUUGUGCAACUUUACAGUAGAUUUCACAUUUGUCUCAUUAUUACAGCAGCACUGUAUAUACCUGUCUCUAAGUAAAGGAAACAUAAGGACUUCAAUCCAAAGUUUGGACAGUAGAUGGACUUCUCAGAACUUUGCAAACAUAAUCAUUGUUCUAACCCUCUUAAAAAAAAGAAAAAACAACAAAAGGUCUUCAGAGAUCUGUUGGUGAAAUUGCUAUGUUAAAAUUCCAUUAUCAGGAGUUCCUUAUUUAUCACUAGCAGAGAGUAUGAUACAAUUUUCAAAUGUGAACAAUCUUAAAUUUAGCUUGUCUUUCUGCUAAGCUGUUAAAUGUAUUUAUAGUAAAGGAAGAAAAGAUUGUCAUUCUUUAUAAGUUUGUAUAACACCCUCCUCUGGACAGCUUGACUGUAAUUUGACACCCUUUCCUUUUGCACACCUUCAUGAGUCAAAUGUCCACGUGGAAUGGGGCAAUGAAUUACAGAGGUCGCUGUGAAAUUUGUCUGCUGGGUGAGCAUCUUCCCAGUGCCCAGGUGUUGCUGGUACUCCUUUAGUUUUCAUAUCAGGAGUAACAAGAGAGGGGGUGAUAAGCAUAGUAGCAAAGGGAAUGUUGGGCUGCGUAUCAGAUAUGGCGAGUCCAAAUCAAUGUCUUGAAUCCUUUGAAAACGGGCAGCAGGGCGCACAGGCUCCAGCCCCUGCAGCACUAGCUGCAGUCGUCAUGGUGCACCCAGACCAGAGACAAUUUAGACAUGUCAGAGAAACGUCCUUUCCGACCCUAUGAAGUAAGAAAGACAGAACACUAAGCAUAUAACCAUGACGUUGAGCACCAGGACUGCGCAUCCAAUUGGGAACCGAGUGGAGCAAACAGCACGAACUGUUUGGAGUUGUUGCCUUACUUUCUAAUAUGUACUUAUAAAGUAUUUCAGCAAAAGAGGAUGCAGCCUCUGGGAGAAACAAAACAUGUUCCAGUGUUUUUUGUAGAUUCUCGUUCAAUAGCUCAUCACAGCGCCAGCCCUGUUUUUAGCCAGAAAGGAUUCAGGAUCAACAUUAUGCAUUCUGAUAUGGAUGCAUAUUCCUAACUACUGUAUUUGUUACCAAAAGUGGUUCUACAAAUGCUACUGAAAAAAAUCUGGAAAUUCCUAAUGUCCUGAGUAUUAAUAAUAAAGUUUAAAAAAUACUUUUA